UCCUCCUGCAACCUUCAAAUUUCAGAGAGAGGUGAGAAGUUAAUUAUCAGUUAUGGGAUUUGGUUCAGAGUCAUCAUCGUCAAAGACAGCUUCUCUGGACGAAUUACUCCAUAUGUUUGGGUUUGAGAUCCAGGGAGUUUCGCUGAAGAGGCUAACUGGACAUCUAAAGGUGACCGAUAAGUGUUGCCAGAGAUGGAAGGUGUUGCACGAAGGCAUAGCGGCACUGAUUGCAGAGUCACUGGCAAGUAUGGGAGCUCAAAUGGCAUCUGGAUUCUGUCGGAUUGUCGGAAUUGAGCUCAACAUCAACCAUUUGGCCGAGGCUUACCUGGACGACAUGGUGGUGGCCGCUGCCCUCAUUGCCCUAUUUCUAUGUGAAAGGAGUGAAGGCGACAUCUUACAGAAAGCUUAG